UGACGAUCCCCGAUCCGAAUUUAGUCUGCACGUCGGUGCCUUCCAGCGCCUUGGGGUAGAAAUCAAUCAUAUCGGCGUUAAGGUAUGCCACCGCGCCCCAUACGAGCUGAAUCUGUGCCGAUCCGCGCUGCGGGUCCACCGAGAGGAUAUGCCCGGCGCCAAACUUGGUGAUCACGGGCUGUCCCUGGUGGUAUUUGCUCGCUACAAACGUGUACGAGGUCGUAGCAAUGUUCUUGAGCAACGUCAAGCCUGCAACAGCAGGGGGCGGACUGGCACUGGAGCGUCUGGAGCGCGUACGUCUCGAUUCCCAGUCCACAUUACUGCCCUCCGACAUUCCCCGUGGACGCCGCUGCACCGAUCCUUGUCCAUUCUUGCUGAUGUCUGCCGCUCGGACAUCGGACGGUCGGAGCUGGAGCUCAUACUCACCAAGGCCACCGCCUGCUCCUAAGCGCAGCGUGUACAGCUGCUCACGGAUAUCAUACUUCAACACGCGUCCGGAUCCGGACGGCGUGUGCACGCGCUCACCUACAAGCGCCGGGACGACCUGUGUCUUCUCCAGUUCUGUAGCAUUGAGGAACAGUAGUCCGGACGCCUGCAGUUCAAUGGCAGCAACGCCGUCGUCGCCUCGGAUCGCCAUGAUCUUACCGAGUCCAAAGGGGGUGGCUACGCGUGCACCUGCCGAUUUGGUGGUCAGAUCCUGAUCCGAGACGGCGUCGAUGCUGCGAGAGUGCGGCUUCCUGGGAGUGGAGCCCGAGGGCGUCUUAGGCGUGUGACGGGGCUUAACGAGGAAGAGUUUGGAGGACGAGGUGAGUCCAGCGCGUGCGAACGAGUAGACUGCCUUGAGCGCAGGGCGAGGCGCAGACUCGGCGUCGCUCUCGCUUUCGGGCUGCGUGUCCAGCCGACCCUUGCGCUGUACUGAAGGACACGACUGCUGGCGGCGCAGAUAAGGAGCUCCCGACUGGCUGGACUCGGCGCUCUCGGUCUCAGAUACAUCGUCGCAUGAGUCUUCCAUCUCGGACGUAGCGGUGGGUGCGCGACGCGGCUUCGUAUGCUUGGCCGUGGAGCCGCUGGGCUUCCACGCCAGCAUAUCGGACAGCGACGCCAGCAUCGUCAAGUAAGUCUGUGGUUUGCUCUCUGCUCCGAAAUGCGGAAGUGCGCAGGAUGCUGCAGGAAGAUGGAGAAUGCUCUUGAGUUCACUGGCGCGUCUGCCGCGAAAGGCCUGGCUUUACGAUCGUGAAAAGGAAGGUGGGAACAACCGCGAGAGAGAAAGAGCCGCCCAAACUUCGGUGCGAAACUGCCUGUUGAUGGCCGGGCGCAAUGGCAAAUGGCAAAUGGCUGCAUCCACGGCUUGCCAGGACGACUUCCCUGGAAGGCGCCGCUGCGGUGCCGCUGGCGAGGCCACAACUCAAAUCCACUCGAACCGGAGCCCUAGCGUUACCAGCGUCUCAAGAGAAGGCGUGCAUAGCGAAACCCAUCCGUGGAGAUCCACUUAUCCAUUUUUUUAAGUUCGCGAUUCAUGCCAGUAGCGGGCGCAGUCGGCAGGCCCUGCACUGGGUCGUCGCAGCUUGCAACUGCAGCAGCAUUUUUCAUCGAGAAAAUCGUUUCAGACGCCACAUUGACAGCGAACGCGACUGCGUCGAUUCGCCAUCACGAUACAAUUCCCCAUACAAAACUGAUCUGGUAAAGUGUGGAAACGAUCCACUCAAUUGCCAAGAGCAUCUUCAAUCGUUAUUGCAGCGUGUGCAGCGUGUGUGUGUGUGUGUGGCUGUGUCGUUGCGGCGUUUUGCUUCCUUCUAGUACAUUACCUUGAAGUACAUACAC